AGAUCUAAAUGUUGUAAAUAAUUGUUGUGAUUGUUGCUAAGCAGGUGAAGAAUAGCCGAAUUUCACGUUGACAUCAAGAAAAAACAAAGAUAAACUAUAGUCAACAGAAACUGCAUCAGGAACCGUGAAAAACAGAAGAUAGCGGACGGGUGAAGGGGCAAGCAUCAAUGGCGAAUUAUUAUACAAAUCUUAGAGAAUAUGACAGGGACGGAUUGCCGGCCAUUCGUCCAUCAACUACGGGUAUUCUUGAUUCAACAAGUGCCCGAAAAUACCGGGCUUUAGAUCAAGAUGAUCUUCUCGGCUACAGAUCCACAUCUCCAACUUUCGGACAGGGAGUUAGAUUUGAAUCCCAACCCAACAGACGAGCAGUUUCAGAGCUUCAAGAUCAGGUUAAAGUGUUUAGAGAUGAAUUAAGAAAGAAGGAUGCCAUGAUUCAGAAUUUAAUCAGUCUUGAUUCAUCACCAAAAUCCCAAAGCAGAAUUGAUCCAAUUCGGUUAGAUCAGUAUUAUUUAGGUGAUAGAUCUCACAUUAACAACCUGAACUCUGAACUUUCCACUUUAAAGGUGAAAAAUGAGAAUUUGCAAUCACAGCUACGAGACACUGAACAUAUUUUAGAAGCUAAAGAUAUUAAAAUCCGUGAACUCCAGUCGCUGUUGGAGACGAACCGUGAGAACGAACUAAGAUUGACGGAGAUAGUCAAUGAUCUUCGUGAACAACUCCACGAUCUACAAAAUAAAACGGGGUCGAUAGAAUCUGUCGCUGGCAGAAGUGAAUAUACCGUUGCAGCGUUACAAGAAGAAAAUCGUGAGAAAAAUGAUAGAAUUGUUCAACUGGAAGCUAGACUCAGGUAUGAAACAACUGGAUGA